GUACCGGGGCGGAGCUCUGCCCGCCCCGCCCGGCGCCGCCGCGCCUGCGCCGCUCAAGGCGGGACACCGAGGAGUUCCGCGGCGGGCGGUCGGUCCCGGGCUGGGUGCUGCGGGACGGGCGGGGGAAGCACCAGAAUGAAAGACAUGGACAAUAUCAAAACUGUAAAGAAAGAAUGGGUGUGUAAAUCAGGAACUGAUGAUCAGAUUUUGAAUGGUACAGAACAAAACUGUGACUACUUUGUAGAUAACCUUUUUGAAGAAGCUCAGAAGGUUGAUGUAAUCAUUAAACUUUGGAAAAAUGGGUUUACGGUAAAUGACGGCGAACUUCGGGGCUAUGCUGAUGUUGCAAACCAGCAGUUCUUGGAGUCCAUUAAAAAGGGGGAACUGCCUUUUGAACUGCAAAGAGUUUUUGAUAAGGAGGAGGUAGAAGUGAAAGUGGAAGAUAAAAAGAAUAAGGUGUAUUUGUCAUCGAAAAAGCCAAUGUUUCAUCCCUUUUCUGGACAUGGUUACAGAUUAGGAAGUGCUACUCCAAAGAUAAUCUCCAAAGUGAGAGAUGAUCAUCCAGGACCUGAUGACAAAAGACACCUGCCUUUAGUACCCUUGAAUGAUUUGGAGCCUAUCACCAAUGUCCAGAUCUGGUUAGCUGAUGGGGAAAGGAUAAUUCAGAAAUUCAAUGUUUCUCACAGAAUCAGCCAUGUCAGAGACUUCAUAACAAAGUAUCAAGGAUCUGAGGGAAGUGUUCCCUUCACGCUGACAACCUCCCUGCCUUUUCGAGAGCUGCAGGACGAGACACUCACACUUGAGGAAGCAAAGUUGCAAAACGCCGUGGUUGUUCAGAGACUUCGGAAAACAGCUGAACCUUUCAGACUCUUAGUGAUAAAAGCGCCUGACAAUGACUACAAAAGUGCUGCUACACCUAAUGGACAACUCAAGAAUGAGCAAAAAAAUGCUAUCAAUAGUACAAGAUCAAAUUAGCUUUAUAACUGACCAAAAAUUAUUUGCAGGGUGAACUAGGCAAAACCAAAAAUGUAACCAGCAAUAUGUGGAUGCCCUCACAUCCUCAUGCACUGUGCUCUUAGAGAGCAGAAUGGGUGCUGUGCUGUCAUCUGCUAUAAUAGAGGUAUUCUCAGCUAAAUUGGGUGGUCAGAGCCUGGCUGUAUAAUGUAGCAGAGGUAGCUGUACAGCAGAUCAUCCUUAAAAUUUCCUUAGGUAAAAAGCUUCUUAGUAUUUAAUAAGUGGGUCUAGGUGGAACAGUUCUCUGAGACUUAACUACUGAUAGCACCUUUUAAGGAAAAAUAGUAUUUAUUUUUGCACUUUGGACUAAAGUGAAACGUUUCACUUACAUUGUAGUGUAAGCUGCUGCAGUAUGCAUUCUUCUCACAGUAACUCUUUGACAACCAAUACUGCAAGCAAGCUCACAAAUGAACUCUACCUUGAAAAUCUUCAGGAUGUAACUUUUGUCACAAGAUCUGCAGUGUAAUAAUGUUCUGUCAAGUCUUCAAAUGGUGGUAGGUGCAUGUGUGAGAAGAUACAAACGAGAUAGUUUGGUGCAUACUGCAUAUGAAGUGCCUCAAAGUAAGCUCUGAAGGAAUUGUUCUUAUCAAUGGUUGAAGUGGUUUCUGCUUUUUUUGGGCUGCUGCCAGUGUCUUGCAGGUUAGGUGAUGUUAAACUACCUAGCUCAUUGGCAUAGGGACCCACUUCUAGCUUUGUCACACAGAAACUUCAGUUUUUUUGGCUAUGACCAAGCAGGAGUAGUAGUUGAGAGGAACACAGUUGUUUUUGUACUGUUUAUCUGCCUCUGUCCUGAACUGCCCAGCUGAUGGAGACACUAAUUGCAUGUGGCCAAGUUUCAAAGCUGUUGAAAAUCCUUACUUGAAAACUGACGUUUUUCUCUCCACUUUGCCCCAUUUCCAUCCAAAUCUUUUAUUUUGCUGUUCAUGUACUUGAGGCAUAAAGUUUGUAGCCAACUAUUCCAUGUUUUGCUAAAAGAGAAAACAACUGAAAGACUUAAUAUUUUGUAUUGUGCUUACUAAGCCUGUGGGUUUGUGAAUGGAACUAAAAUCUCCGGGUAAGACGUAUCCCAGGAUCUUCAGCAAGUCCUGACUCCUCUCUGCUACCUCUGCCAAAGGAUGGUUGUUGGGGUUGUACUUCUUUUGUGUGGUUCAAUGAAAGUUGGGUUUGGGUUUUCCUAGUUUUGUUCUAAAUAGAAAAUUCCUUCAUUGGAGCAACUUGUAUUCUAAAAAGUAGUGAGACUUCAGACUAGGGAUGUACUCUCCUUCAUUCCCAGGGAUAUAAAACUGGUUUGCUUCAGCAUCUCUCAUGGUGUGUUGGAAAUGAAAGUCAACUGGGCAAUUUAGUGUUCUCAGAAAACAAAUCUCUGGAAACUAUGCCUUUAAACACUUUCCAGUGCUAUAAACUUCCUGUGCUACUGUGCCAUUCAGGUUUAUGUAGCAAGUGGUACAAUUAAAUUUUCUUUGCUCUUGCACCAACUCCUACAUGAAAAACAAAAAUAUUUGUGCAGACAAACACAUUAGUAAAAUUGAAAAGAAAAACCACCUACAGACACAGCUCCUCAGUACCCAGAGCUUCCUGAACAGGGAAUUUUAUUACUCAGUGCUUUCAAAUUUGUCUUAAUGUAAAACCUAGUAUUAGAAAAGCACAUGUGGUUGAUUGUGAGUUCAGUUGUUCUAUCUAAAAGGUGCGUGAAAUGUCGAAAGUAACAGUGUACUACUAUUCAUGCAUUUGCAGCACAAAAAUUUGAAAAAAUAAAUACUGUAGGUUUGAAACUGAA